AUGUCUCUCGACUCGCCCAAAUCAUCUACGAAACCAUCUCGAUCCGCCCGUAUUCGGCACGCUUUCCAUCGCAUGCUCUCGCGCCAAACAAGCCACGGAGCGACUUCCUGCCUAAAACUGGCUCCGCGUCGUCGCGCCCCACGUCAGCAUGGCGCCUCUACGCCGGCCAAUCUACCCAUUCCAACCAACUUUGCGCAUAUUCAAGCCGAUCAAACAUCAAGACCAAACAAACCUGUCCCACCCGUCCCAAAAUCUUCCGCCCCAGAUACUAUGACGCCCCCCUCGCAACUUCUUCCCCCCGAGGCUAAUGACCAUCACUCGGCCUGCUCUGUCCCUAUAUCACUCCCUCAACCACGGCGGUCAGACUUUGACUUUUGGGGCGAACUACCUCACGAAAUCUCCCUCUUCAUCUUGGAAUAUCUGAGCCCAAAGGAAUUAAUUCGCGCCUCGGCCGUCAGUAAACCAUUCAGAAAAUUAUGCUACGAUGGCCAGCUCUGGAAAUCCUUUGAUGCCUCGGAAUUUUACAAGGAUAUCUCAGCCGAAUCGCUGACCAGGAUCCUUGUGGCUGCCGGACCGUUUGUAAAGGAUUUGAAUCUACGCGGGUGUGUACAAGUGGAACACUAUAAACGUGCCGAGGCCGUCGUAAGGGCAUGUCAAAAUCUCAUCAAUGCCACCCUAGAGGGCUGUCGAAAUUUCCAGCGGUCAACCCUUCACCGGCUGAUCCGAGGUAAUGAGAACCUAGCCAAUCUUAAUCUCACCGGCCUAACGGCCGUCACAAACGAAACUUGCCAUAUAAUAGCCCAAACCUGUCUGGCCCUCGAAACCCUCAAUAUUUCAUGGUGCCAUCGCAUGGAUGCCCACGGUAUACGUCUUGUCGUACAUGGUUGUCGAAAACUGAAGGAUUUGCGAGCUGGAGAAAUCGGUGGCUUCGACUGUCUCGAGCUUGCGCAAGAUUUUUUCGAGCUAAAUCGGCUCGAACGACUUGUAUUAAGUGGCUGCACAGACUUGACGGAUGAAGCUCUAAGAACCAUAAUACAUGGUAGGAAUCCCGAAUACGAUAUCCUCACUAAUCUUCCUCUUGUGCCCAUACGAAAACUACGGCACCUAAACAUCAGCCGCUGUCAUCGUAUUACCGAUGCUAGUAUUCGGAUGCUCGCCCACAUAACCCCAAAUCUGCAGGGUCUAGAGCUCGGUGGCUGCUCCCGCAUUGGAGACAGUGGACUUGCGCCAGUAGUCGAGACCGUGCCGAAUCUUACACAUCUUGAUGUCGAAGAACUGUAUCGUCUCACCAACACCUUUCUCACAGAGAAUCUUGCCAAGGCACCCUGUGCUCCCCAGCUCGAAAACUUAUCCCUAAGCUAUUGCGAUGAUCUAGGUGAUGCUGGUAUCCUAUCCAUUAUUCGAGCCUGUAAAAACCUCAAAUCCAUCGAUGUGGAUAACACAAAAAUCACAGAUCUUGUCCUAACCGAGGCGGCUGCCAUGGUACGCACUCGUCAUAUCUUAGAACCUACUGAGGCCAUGUGCCCAAUUAUUGGCCUUAAAAUGGUCGUCUACGAUUGUCAAAAUAUCACUUGGGCUGGAGUUCACGAAAUUCUGACCCGUAAUUCGGAGGUCUGGAAAACGACAUCGCAUCAAUCACCGGAUGUCUAUCCAGAAAUGAUAGGGCUAAAGUGUUACUACGGUUGGCAAAUGACUGUCGACGAACAUACAAGACGCCUUUUGAGGGGAGAUCUUCCCGCCGCUGUACGUUUGGAAUGCUUGUGGCGUGACUGGGUUAUGGCGCAUGAAGAAAUUGGCGAUACAGGUCCGGGCCUUCGACGUAGGCGAAGGCGAGCACGAGAAGCUCAAAUCCUUCACGUUGAUGAAGAGAGGGCGCAGGAUGCUGAAGAACAGACAAGACGCCGCCGAUCCUGGAUGGGGAGCUGUGCAAUUAUGUGA